UUCAACCACCAUUGAAGGAAAAAAAAAAUUAGAAAAAUAGAAAAUUAAGCAUGGCUUUGAAGGAGAUUUGCAAGUGCUUUCAAUCCUUAUACCUUGUUCUUCUAAGAAGGCUAAUCAAGAUCUCAAGAAGAAGUAGUACAAGUGAUGGCCAUGCAAAACUAAUGAACAAGUUGUAUCAUUCUUCUUCUCUUGAGAAGAAGGUAUCAUCAAGUGAGACUUUGUUGGUUGAUGUGGAGGGAGUGUUACUAAGAUCAUCUUCAAUCUUUCCAUACUUCAUGCUUGUGGCUUUAGAGGCAGGUGGUUUCAUUAGAGGGUUUGUUCUUCUUGUUUUGUAUCCUUUGCUUUGUUUUUUAAAUCAAGAAGUAGGACUCAAAGUGAUGGUUAUGGUGAGUUUUUGUGGGUUAAGAGAGAAAGGGUUUAGGGUAGGGAAAACAGUGUUAGUUAAGUAUUUCAUGGAGGAUGUGGGAGUUGAAGGGUAUGAGGUUUUGAAGAAGAAGAAGAAGGGUUGGAAGAAGAGGGUGUGUGUGAGCUUGAUGCCAACUUUAAUGGUGGAAGGGUUUUUGAAGGAGUGUUUGGAGGUGGAGGUGGUGGUUGGGAGGGAGUUGAAGGUGUUUGGAGGGUUCUUUACUGGUUUCAUGGAGGAAGAUGAUGGUGGUUUUGUGAAGAGGAUUCAGAGAGAGGUUGAGAUGGAUGAUAAUGGAGUUUUAGGGUUUGCUACUUUCUCUAAUGCUCUUCUUCAUGGCUUCUUCUAUCAUUGCAAGGAACUAUGUCUAGUUAGCAAAAAGGAGAAGAAGAAUUGGCAACCUUUGCCAAGAGAGAACUACCCCAAACCGAUAAUAUUUCAUGACGGCCGAAUAGCUUUCCGGCCAACUCCGGCAGCGACACUAGCAAUGUACUUAUGGCUACCGUUCAGUAUCCUCCUCGCCAUCUUCCGAGCUAUUGUUUACCUUCUCCUUCCCUAUAAGAUAGCUCUUCCUAUUGGCGUAUUCACUGGAAUGACAUCCCGGGAUAUAGCAUCUACAAGCAUUACCGCGCGUCAAUUCUCGAAGAACCGGCUCUAUGUAUGCAAUCACAGGACCCUUCUUGACCCAGUGUACAUCUCCGCCGGACUUAACAGAAAGGUUACAGCAGUUACUUACAGCCUGAGUAGAAUCUCCGAGAUGUUAUCGCCUAUAAAAACAGUACGAUUAACACGAAACAGAGAUGAAGACAGGAGAAGAAUGGCUAAAGUUCUGAGCCAGGGAGAUCUCGUCGUUUGCCCUGAAGGUACAACAUGCAGAGAGCCAUUUCUUCUCAGGUUCAGUCCAUUGUUUGCUGAGCUAACAGAAGAAGUCGUUCCAGUGGCUAUGUCGACAAAUGUGAGCAUGUUCUAUGGCACGACAGCGAGUGGCUUCAAGUGCUUUGAUUCACUGUUUUUCCUGAUGAAUCCUUGGCCUGAAUAUCAAAUAGAGUAUCUGGAGAAAGUACCUACUGAUUGGGCUGGAAACAAGAGUUAUAACAGCAUUGAAGUUGCCAACCAUAUUCAGAGAGAGAUGGGGAAGGCCUUGGGAUUCACUUGCACAACUCUCACCAGAAGGUCCAAGUACCUAAUGCUUGCAGAUAAUGAAGGAAAAGUCAAGAAAAACUAGAAGAGAGUGAUAAAAGAGAGAAAUCAGAGAACUCACCUUUUAUAGAAGUAAACUUGUUGUAUAUGUGCCUCUUUUUCCCUUUCAGAGCUUGAGAGAUUCUUCGAUGUGUCUUACUUGGUAACAUAAAGCAGAGUUAUAAAAGAAAUGAUUGCAUGUUUAAAGCAAACAGUGAAUUUCUAUUUCGGCAAUGUACAGGAGAAACAUUGAGAAAAGAAUAAUCAAACCUUACAACAGAUGUACAUAUGAUCCAAGGAUAAUAACAGGAAAAAAAUUAAUUACCCUUGAUGUAAAAACAGCAAAAACUUUGCUGUUGCUAUGUUUUGUGUGUGUGUGUGGGUGGAACCUGUCAGGCAGGUUCUUCCAUGUGAAGAUGGACGGCGGAAGCUCAGACAUGGUAGUAUUUUCACAUUUUCAACUUAAACAAACCAAAACCACGCAAC